AGAUUCCAACACCUUUUCUAUUUUGCCAAGCCAUCAUUUACAUGACCCACUCACUCACCUCCACCGCUAUUUUUGUUAACCUAAUUACAAGCUUCAUCCUUGGCCUCCUCCCCCUCCUCUCUUCUUCUUCACUCUGCAGUCUUCUUCAAUUGUUCUCUUCGGAAACAAACAAAAGGAGGGUCUUUCCAGUACAAAUAUCAAUGUCUGUCACUCCCAUUGUUUUUCUCUUUUCCUUCUUCUUCUUUGUUCUCACUUGUAUCUUCCAGUCUUCAUAUGCCUCCACGUUUCUGGUGGAUGGAGCUUCCCUGUGGAAGAAUCCCCUUGUUUAUAUUGAAGAUUCUGUUGUUUUCAAGCACAAGCAGAAUUACAAGCUCUACAUUUUCCAGAGCCAGAGAGCCUUCAAUCUCUGCAAUCUCUCUCAGGCCACUCUUCUUACCAAGCCCAACGCCACCUCCUACACCUGGCAUCCGUGGCGCACUGGUUUCUUCUACUUUACCUUCAACGAUGGGUCGCUCAGAGCAUGCCAAGCUUCUCAAAAGCUAGCCAUAAAGGUGUCUAACUCUGCGCCGCCGCCGGAAGAAUCGGCAAUGUCUCCGGAUAUUUCUCCCACGGAGGCUCCGGCUCCGGCUCCUUCCUCCGGCGCGGAUGGAUCGCCGUCGAGUACAUUUCCAUGGCCAUUCCAGCCGGCAUCACCGGUGCCUUCGACGACGGGUAAAGGAGGCAGCGGGAUGCCGUUUAUCAACAGCAACCCUGCGGUUCCACUGCCGACCGGUGAAGUUGACUCCGCCACCAUACGACCGACGCCGACCUCUGCCGAUCAACGACCGGUGAUGAUUGAAAUCCUGCCCUUCCAUAUUGCUUUCCACUCCAUGGCUUUCCUGCUCCCCUUGCUGCUGUAGAGAAAGCUUUGAUGAGGAGAUUAUUGUAAUAUCAACACUUGCUCCAGUAAUUUAUAAUUCUUCUCCUUGAGAGUAUAUAAUUUUAUAUUUUAAAAAAUGUAUAAUUAUCCUACACGGUUAGUCUAAUUUUAGUUUUCAAAUCAAUCUGGUGGGUUUAUACUUUAUAGAGAAAGCAAGGGUCGCGGCUAGUGGGAGUGUGGGACUGAGUCUGAGACUUAAGAAAUUAUUCUAUAGAAUCGGCUCUUUCCACUGCAGAGUGCUUGCAACCUUUUUGUUUUUGUUUUUUUUUUUUUAUAAUGAAAUGUCUGUGAUGUUUUAAGUUAAAGCGGCCAAGUGUCUCCACAUCCAAAUGUUACAACUCAA